UCAAAAUGGCGAAUACGAUUGUUUUGGGGAAGUAACGGUUAAGUUCAUUUGGUUCUUUUAUUUAAGAAGUGAGUGUAUAGGUAUAAACAGUCAUCCGCUUCGUAUUUGGCUUUUUACAAAUUUUCGGUCUGUAACAGCGUGUCGAGAAGGACUUGUGAAAAGAUGAAAGGCAAGGAACGGUCGCCGGUGAAAAAGCGCUCGCGGGCCUUGGAUGACAUCCGAGACAGGGGAGGAAGCCACCCUACAAGUAAGAAAAUGGGCACGAUUUCUGUUUCUGGUGGCAGCAACAACGGCAACAGUUCGGCUAAGAGCGAGGGCAGUUCCGCCAGGCGAAGUUUGCUCGGCGAAAAGCGGGAGAGUCGCGAUUUCGACGGACACGUCUCGAGCCGCGCCGGCAGCAACCACAGCUACAACAGCCCCGCGGCGAGCUCGAGCAGCAAGAAUCACGCCGCGAGCCUGGCGCUCGAGGCCGCCGCGGCCGCACGCACCGCCUCGCGGGCCGACCAGCGUCCUCCACUGAGCGCCGCCGCCGAGAGCGAGUAUAAAACGCUGAAGAUCAGCGAGCUCGGCUCGCAGCUCAGCGACGAGGAGAUCGAGGACGGCCUCUUCCACGAGUUCAAGAAGUUCGGCGACGUGAGUGUAAAGAUCAGCAGGGUAAACGAGGAGCGUGUUGCGUUCGUGAACUUCCGGCGGCCGGAGGACGCCAGGGCAGCGAAGCACGCGCGUGGCCGCCUCGUGCUCUACGACCGGCCGCUUAAGAUCGAGGCCGUGUACAUGAACAGGCGGAGGAGCCGCUCGCCCAUCGACAAGGACCCAUACGUGGCGGUGGCGGGACACCGUCACCUGCACACACAGAGGCCCCUGUCACCCACGGGUCUUGGUUACAGGGACUAUCGGCUGCAGCAGCUCGCUCUGGGCCGCCUGCCACCACCGCCACCCCCUCCGCUGCCCAGGGACCUGGAGAGAGAGCGCGAGUAUGCGUUCUAUGAAGCCCGGACACGGCCAGCCUACUUGGCAGAGCGCGCAGCCUUUCGCGAGGAGGAGUUCAUCUCUCCGGAGGAUGACCAGAGAGCCAACAGAACGCUGUUCCUGGGAAACCUGGACAUCACGGUCACAGAGAGCGACUUGAGGCGAGCCUUUGACCGCUUUGGUGUGAUCACGGAAGUGGACAUCAAGCGGCCGAGCCGCGGACAGAGCAGUACUUACGGCUUCCUCAAGUUCGAAAACCUGGACAUGGCGCACCGUGCCAAGAUCAGCAUGUCGGGCAAAGUUGUGGGCCGCAACCCCAUAAAGAUUGGCUACGGCAAGGCUACGCCAACCACGCGCUUGUGGGUUGGUGGUUUGGGACCAUGGGUUCCACUCGCUGCGUUGGCCAGAGAGUUUGAUCGUUUUGGCACCAUUAGGACUAUUGACUACAGGAAGGGGGACACGUGGGCUUACAUUCAGUAUGAGAGCCUGGAUGCCGCUCAGGCUGCCUGCACCCACAUGCGGGGCUUUCCUCUCGGAGGGCCUGAGCGGCGCCUCCGGGUGGACUUUGCAGACACAGAACACCGCUACCAGCAACAGUUUUUGCAGCCACUGCCCCUGCCACACUACGACAUCGAAUCAUUUGUCCACCGUGCUGCUCCAGAUGCUCUGAGGGUUAGGGAGAGGACUCCUCCGCCUUUACACUUCCGAGAAAGGGAGCUCUAUCCUGGGGUGGAGUGGGCUGCGGCACCAGUCCGCGAGCGUGUUCGAGCGGCAGCCUUUGAGCCGCUUGAGCACCUGGAGCGGAGGUCACGGGAAGCCUGGUCGCUGGAGCGGGACCUGCAGACCCGGGACCCUGCUCGUAAGCGCCGCUUGUUGGAGGACAACCGGCACCUGGAGCGCUCCCCGGACAGUAGCGAGCGGACGAGCCGCCGCCGCCACUGCCCCUCGCCCGAGCGCAGCCCAGGUGGCAGCAGCAGGGAUGGGGGUCGCCUCAGUGACUCAGAGCGGCCCCUGCGUCUGGACAGGCCUUCUCCGGCGCGAGAGCGCCAUGCCAGUCAGGACCGUGCACCUGGAGAAAAAAGACUGAAGACCCUCGGCCUGACCGAGGGGGCAAGCGGCUCUGGGACCGGGGGUGUACUGGGGACUGAGCGCAAACGGAAGGCCGGCGAUGCCAGUAAGAGCGCAGCCAAGAAGGAGCGCCUCGAUCCCUCAGGCUCCUCCAAAGGUGGCCAGGCAGCAAAACAGGACAGUAGCGAGCAAAAGCUGACGUUGGCUUGGCAAGGCAUGCUACUGCUAAAGAAUAGCAACUUUCCUUCUAACAUGCACCUGCUAGAGGGGGACUUGGGUGUGGCUACAAACCUGCUUGUUGACAGUGCCACUGGUGGUCAGGUGGCCCAGCUGAAGAUCACCCAGCGCCUGCGUCUGGACCAGCCUAAGCUGGAUGAGGUGACUCGCCGCAUCAAGGUGGCAGGCCCAGGGGGCUACGCCGUUCUUCUGGCUAUCCCAGGAGGCUCGGAAGAGGGCUCAUCGCUGGACCAGGCAGCAUCCACCCAGCGACCGCUGCGCAAUCUCGUCUCGUACCUCAAGCAGAAACAGGCAGCUGGAGUCAUCAGCCUCCCUGUGGGCGGCAGCCGUGACAAGGACAACGCAGGAGUUCUCCACGCUUUCCCCCCUUGUGAUUUCUCCCAGCAGUUCUUGGAUUCCUCUGCUAAAGCGCUUGCUAAAACAGAAGAGGACUACUUGGUGAUGAUUAUUGUGCGAGGGGCAUCAUAACACAAAGAAAUUGUAAAAGUAGAAAAAAUUGUCUCGUGUAUCAGUAAUGUUUGCAUGCACUCUGUCCAUUAUGGGGAUCCUUUAAAGGUUGGAUUGGGGUUUUACACCAUUUAAGUUGGAGAAAGCAACCACCUUUUUCAAAGUAUAGUUGUCCUACGUACUUAAUUUGCUUAUGGUUUAAAAAAAAGAGGUUCAAGACAGCAUUGUGAUGAAAGAUAACUUGUGUCCAUUCAUAAAAUAGACAUAUCGGUACAUUGUAGCUCAUUUUAGAUAGAAAAGUUGGAAAAAUAGAGAUCAGAUUUAAACAUUUAAAAUUCAGAGUAAAGCAACACCUUCUGCUUCCUACAAAGAAAGUUUAUCAUCACAGGUUAUUUGGUUUAAGUUCUCAAGCAAGGUAUUUUUAUUUAAAUGUCCUUGAUGCAUGCCUUUGCCCAGUACUAGCUUAUCUCAGCAGUUCAAGGUAUUCUGUACUGUCAGAAACAAUAUCUUGUAUGUUGAGAGAAGUUCAAGGAGCUUCCUGUAAUUGUGUUCUCUCUUGUCUAAAGGCAGAUAGGGCCUCUGAUCCCCGUUAUUUGCUCAUGUUCAAAUAUAAAGCAGUUUGCAUUGUGACAGCUCAAAUGGUGGGCCUGUUUACUCUGGGUGAAUACAGCUGGUAUCUGCCUGUCAAACAUUUAAGACUUUUCCUAGAAAAUUUGUUGGUUGCACUGUAGAAAGAACUUCUGUUCUUCUGACACAGUGAUUAAAACUUUGACAUAUUUGAAUGUAGUUUUCACCCUUUGAGUAGAGAAAGGAUAUACAAUUAAAAUAAAAAUGUGUAGUAUUGGUCCAUCACUGUUCUUUUUGUGGUGGGUCACUCAUGGAACUGAAAAGUUUCUCAUUUCUCACCCAUGAGUGAACAGUGCUUUAUUUAGUUGGCACAGAAAUGCUUUUAGUUUAACUGAACCAGUCGCCAGGUAAAGAAUGUUUCAUUCAAGGUUAAAAGAACAGUUCCCUUCCAUGCCAGAAAGUUAAUACUGUAAAGUGUCAGAUUAGUAGUCUCCUUAGAAAGCAUCUCCCUCUGAGAGAAUCUCAAUUGUAUUCCCAUCUUGCAGUGAUAAUCAACUAGACAUCUUGGAACCUGAACAUGUUUGUGUUUCCCUCUUUUUUUGUCAUUUAUUUUGGGCUUGGCACCAGUAACAUUUAAGCUAUAAUGGGAAAAAUGUGACCUGUAUGUUUUAUCGAGUGAAACAAUUUAAGAUCUCUACUGAAGCAGUAAUUUAUUAUAGCUUCUUUAGGGUUUUAUGCAUUCAAAGACAGUUAAAACUUCAGACAUUUGUAUUUACCAAUCCUCUCAAUGUUUCAUGCCUAACUUAGUAAUUCUGAGCAAAAGGGUUUCCAAGUUUUUGCUUGUAGACUGUGGAACUGACAGUUUGGGAAAUUGUGAAUGAUGCAAAGCAGGAAUAUUUAAAUAGUCUGUAUGAUGAAACUGAAUGUCUCAGUUUAGAAUCUGAAGCUGUCUUUAAAAGGUAGGAGGAAAGCAUUUGUAGUUCAUUUGACACAGGCUCCUAGGGUUAUGGGGCUUGUUCAUGAUGGUGUGAACACAGAUGAAGUCUAAAUUCAGGACUUAAACAAAAAGCCCCACUAGAGGAAGGAUACAAUUUUGUUUACCAGUAUGUUUUAUUUUGGCUACCCUUUAAAAUGAAUUGUUGAGAAUAUUGUAAUUUACCAUUUUUCUAUAACUUACCAAUAUUUACAGAGUAUGUUGGGUAACUAAGUAACUGAACUUUCUCAGAUAGACAAAAAGUGCAUUUUCAGAGUUUGUGUUCACCAUGGGUUUUACUUAACACAAAGAUAAAAUGAAACCCUUUCUGCUUGCCACAAAAUUAACUUGAUUUCAGUUGGGUGCCACUUAUUGUAACUUUUAAUUUGGUUUAUCAAAAUGUUAUUUUGAUUGCUUGGUUUUUAACUUUUUUUUUUUUAUUUCAAAGGAAAUAAUCUGUUUAUGUGCAUUCACAGUGAGAUUGAUAAUUCAUUGUAUCAUAACUGAGUUUACAAAUAGCAGUUGCAGGUUUUGCAGCUAGUUGUAAAUUUUGGUGUUUUAUAUACCAGUUGUCACUAGUGAAUGUCUGUAGAAGAAGUUGGAGAAGAGUUGAACCAUUAAUCGCAGUCAAGGGUCACAGGAGGGUCAAAGGUUGUCAAAGUGCUAAUGGAAAAAUCUUUUUUUUUUUUUCUUUUUUUUUUCUUUUCUCCCCAAAACCAGUAGUUUUUAAUAAGGGGGCAGAAGAUGUAAUUUUGUGUUCAGAAUUAACCCUAACUUCAGCAAGCUGUGACAGUUUUCUUCCUUUAACCCCACUGAAGUUUAUGUGCUGAUUAAAUUAUUUUUUCAUUUAGGAUCAGUUAGUUCAUUUAAUAAUAGACAUAGAUUUGUAUUUUACAUAAGUACAAACGAUUUACAUUCCUCUGGUCUUGGUACACACUGAAAGUGGAAUAUUAAAAUGUUGCAUUGGUUUAUGGAUUAAUUGCUCACAGGUGUGCAUUUUCAAAAGAGACAUCUGUGCGUUCAUAUUAAUAUUUGCAAUUUAAAACAAGGUCAGAAUCCCUUUGAACUCUUAUUUCCCUAUAAUGGUUGACUUAGGUAAAUACUGUGAGUUUGCAUAAGUCAAAUUGUCCUGGUCUAGAAUUUACAACAAAGAAAAGUGAGAAUUAUGGAAUGAAGUCAUUAUAUUUGACAUGUUUUCCCUUAAAACAUGAAUGUGUUCAGGACUGUUUAGCAGAACAGUGAGUCCGUUGGGAGUACAGUUAAAAGGUUCUUAGUGUCCUUAAGCAUGUUUGUUUUAAUUUCAUUGUUUUGUUGGUGCCAUUGCCCAUAGUUUAACAUUGUGUACAAACUAAGCAUUAUAUGGAUUUAUAUAAAAAUAAGGAUUAGUUUGGUUCAUCUGUUGCAAUGAAAAUGUGGUGUAAGAAGUGUUCUGCUCUCCGUGGGACAGCUGGAUGUUCACGUCGAGGCCAGCAGUGUCACGAUGGACACAGGGUCGCCUCGCAAAUGCACCUUCCAGACUGGAGACACGAGCACUGCUGCAGAGCCACAAGGAGCCUUUUGCGGACGGAGGGGCCAACAGCCUUCAAUUAAGUUUGUGUCCAUUUCAAUCAGAGGGCAGCUUAAAAGUUGUGUAACUGCUUUUGUGAUGCCAGUUCUCGUGUUUUAAGUGGAAACAUGACCUACUUGCUUUGUGCUGUGUACACCUGAUGUCUGGGGAGAAAGGAAGCCGCCUCUGCACAUGCAGCUGAGAAGUAGCUGUUAACACACGCAGGAAGUGUGGUAGCACUUCCUUUUGUCUCAGUAUCAAUAAAUUUUCUUUGAGGGAAAAAUGUUUCUGCUUUGGAAGUGAGUUGAAGACAACUAUUAUGACCCUUUUUUUGUUGUGUUGCGAAGGAAUCGUUUUCUGCAAUGAAAGCGCUUGUGUGCGUUCAAGGAAAAAUGAAACACGCUGGCAGCCAGCAAGACGAGAGAGGAGAGAAGGAAAGUGAGUGGAAGGGAAAGAUCACCUUUAUCUGUGCUCCUCAUCCGUGUCUGCCCCCUUCCUCUUUUCCCUGAGGAGUUCCCGAUUGGCUCACUGUAAAUUGUGGCCCCGCCCACCUUUGCUCACUGACGUGCCUCUCCAUGGAAGGGGCUGGGCUGGUGUACAGGUGUUUUGCCACUGUUGUGCAGGACAUGUCCUGCAGGGCCAUGUGAAUGUGGCCACCUGCACCGGGAGGAUGUUGGUGGAGAGCCCUCACUGUCACUGCUGCUCUGGUUGAGCUCUCCCAGGUGUGUCCCCUACAGUGGAACGCAGCCCUCAGCUUGCUGUGUCCAUGCAUUCCUCACGCAGGUGUUUGACAGGGAGCUGGCCCCUGCACCCUUGGUGUCUCCAGCAGACAACAGCGAUGCGGAUGUGAACACCUCGUUUCUGGUUCAGAGGAGCUGUUGAUUAUUUUCACCUUUCAGUUUGAUUGCACCAGUUAUGAUUUGAUUCCAUUUUUUCCCCUGUUCUAAAGGAAGGAAGAGGAUUUUCCGAGUUUCAGGGCUAGGAGUUUUGUUUACAUCUUCCUCUGUUUUCCAUUGUUUGAUUACGAGAGACCUGGAGCGGCUUUUCAGUGGAGAUUUGGGAAGUGCAUGUGUUCCUACUGGUGCCGUUUCCAUAGCAACUCAAGCACGUGGCGCUCUCAUCGCUUGGCCACCGUUUACACAAGCGUAUCUGGUGAAAAGAGGAAAUUGAACAAAAACCUAAAAGGAGGAGUCUUGUUCCAUAGUUUCUCUGAUGUUCUGUACAGGGAUGCAUAUUGAUUGUUUGCAAUUUUGCCAUCAUGCGACACUGUGAUCCAACCCAGAAGAUGAGUGAGUUUUCGCCACCAACAUGCAAGGACACCUUUGUGAAGCGCUCCAGUCCAGCUUCCAGGUUAGCUAACAGGCCACCCUGAGCGCUGGUGUAAAGAUCCUGCUCGAGAUGCUCUGUUUCCUCCCACUGCUCUGCUUGUGCCCCAGUUGCACCCUUCCUACAAAGCCGGACGCCGGUAAGUUGUGUGUUCAGUUGCUGCAAGCCAGGGGUGUUUGUGGCAGGGUAAGUACUUUUAAAUUGAUUGUUGUCUGUUUCUGCUACUGCUGUGGGGGGUAGAAACAAAAACAAAGUGUUUAUGAUUAAGUUGUAGUACAACUGUUAUGUUCUUUCAACAUUUGAGCUUGGUGAAA